AUGUUCACGCGUCAAGCACCUCGUAUGUUGACCUCCAUCGCCCGUGUCGCCCUCCCCCGCGUCACUAUCGCCCGUUCCGCCGUACCCUCGAUCACUCGUCCAGCGGCAAGAGCCUACCACGAGAAUGUUCUUGAUCACUACAAUAACCCGCGUAACGUCGGAUCAUUGCCGAAGGGUGAUGUAGAUGUUGGAACUGGAUUGGUCGGUGCUCCUGCUUGUGGAGACGUCAUGAAACUCCAGAUCCGUGUCGACCCCACCGGCAAGAUCUCCGACGUGAAAUUCAAGACUUUCGGCUGCGGAUCCGCUAUCGCCUCCUCCUCCUACGUUACCACCCGUCUCGCUGGUUUGACCCUCGAUGAGGCAGCCGCGAUCAAGAACACGGAGAUUGCGAAGGAGUUGAGUUUGCCGCCGGUCAAGUUGCAUUGCUCGAUGUUGGCGGAGGAUGCGAUCAAGGCCGCGAUCAAGGAUUACCAGAAGAAGAAGAGGCCGACGACGCUUGGUGCUACUGCCUAA